GCGACGUCACAUUCCAGCGACAGCUUCCCCGUCCUGUGUGUACAGUGGAGCUGAGAUAUCCGGUAUACGCGGGUUCUGCGCUGUAAAUAAAGGCUUUAAUGCGGCGCCACGGCCAUGAAACGCCGCCAGGACGUGGCCGUCUGGACGGGGAAGGCCUUGGCAGGGUGAGCACCUAGCCAUCAGUGUGAUGGCAUGUCAGCUUCCACUUUGUGAAUGGCAGCAUCGUCAUGCCCGCCGGUCCAAUCCGUGUGGCUGCACACCAGGCCUGAUCCAUGACGGAGUACUACGAGGAGGGGGGGUUGCUGUAUGAGCACUCACCUCCCAUGCACAUUAAAGUGGAGUCCCCAGAGGGUCCCUUCGGAGGGGGUGUCUCAGAAGAUGGCUUCCCCAGGGAGGAUGAUGACUCGGACGGUAGCUGCGACGGCACUGGGCUGCCUGGCGGCCUCCCUUUCAACGUUGUGGUAGUGCACCCCAACAUCGUCGCCCCUGGAGUGUCCUCCGAUGAUCUCAUCCCUAUUGAACAAACCCGAGGUGUUUCGUCAUCCCUGGUGUCAGGAGGAGCCGGCAAAAGGAAGAGCCGUUUCAGUGGUGCUGAGCUGGAGGUAUUGGUGUCAGAAGUGACCAGGUGUGAAGGAGAGCUGUUCGGGCCGGCCGGUAGACUCAGGCGCCGGGAGAGAGAGCGGAUCUGGGCCGGGAUCCUGGAACGCGUGAACGCUGUGUCACGAGUCCCACGCACUCUUCGAGAAGUAAAGAAGCGCUGGGAUGAUCUGAAGAGACGCAAUGGAGGACGACUGGCCGACGCGAGGCACCGCUCCUGCUACCUGCCGUCCAGCAGAGGAACUGCUGUUUUGGGAGGCCCACCUCAGUUAAGCCCAAGGUUCCAGCAGUCCCGCCAGAAGCUGAGCACGAGGGGAAAGGCCAGUUUCACCUGUCUAUCUGAUACUGAUCCAGUUACAGGAGGAGACGGUUCUGAAAGAGAUGGUUUUGAAAAGGAGGACGAGUCUGGGGAGCAGGACGGCGAUGAAGGAAACAAGGACUGUGAGGGCGUCGAUAACAGCAUGGAGGACAAACUGGGUUUAGGCCUUGGGUUGGGAAUAGUGCCGCCCCCGACAUCAGAGCGCUGGCUCCCUCCCUCGCCGCUUUACAGUGCUCCCUUCCUGAACGGCACACCUCAGCCCAGCCCGGAACCUUCUCUCGGAGCUCACCAGGGUCCCCUGGAGCCCCCUCCGUCCCGCACGUCCUGGCUGGAGGAUGAGCUCAGGGGACUCGGGGAAGCGGCCGUGCAGCUGGGCGAUCGGCUGGAGCAGAAUCUGCGGGAGUUUGGCGAAGGGUUCAGGCACGACAUGCGGACGCUGGUGGCCUCGCAGGAGGCCCUCACGAUUAGCCUGCAGCAGAACAACGUGCUCCUGCAGCGGCUGCUGGGACUCCUUGAGAUGCAGCAUCAGCAGACGCAGCCUCCGCAGCAACAGGUUCUGCAGCAGCAGCAGCUUCUCCUCCAGCAGUCGGCUCAAGAACUGUCACGGCAGCAGCAGCAGCCCGGAGCUCCGCUGCAGCAGCAGCAGCAGCAGUUACCCCAGCAGCUAGAACAGAUUCCUCAAAACGCCAGCGAGCAGUUAGCGUCUGUUACUUCUGUACCUCCACCUCCAGACAUCCUAGACGGCACUUCCCAGCCUGAACCGUCGCAGGUGAUAAACGCUCAGCGGCCACGCCGCAGCAGAGCGGCAGACCACAGACGACGGCGUAGACACUAGACAUGUAGAUUCUGUAGUCCUCGAUUACAAUAGCUAUUUAUUUCAAAACAACGUUUUAUAUUCUGAUGUACAGGUAAUAAACGCAGGUGGUGGUGCCACGUCUUCAAUGCUAAAUUUUAUUGUUAUGCCUGUCGCAAAAAACAUUACGGGCUAGUUAUGCGAUAGUUGUAUUUAAUGGGUUAUUCUGUGUCAAAUGACUGUGGAAUAGAGUGGAGUAGUUUAUAUAUAUAUAUAUAUUUAUAUACAUCAUGUGAAAAAUAAUCGGCAGAAAUUCCUACUAUUUGCUUCAAUUUGGCUCAUUUGAUUUUUAUGAGAUAGUAUAGAAGUAUAAUUGGCUCAAAACCUAUAUAUAUAUAUAUAUAUAUAUAUAUAUAUAUAUAUAUAUAUAUAUAUAUAUAUAUAUAUAUGUAAAUAUAACACCUGGUAAUGUAGAAGAGUUUUAAUGUUGAUUUUCCAUGGCAAGGAAAAUAUAAUUUACGUCAAUGCUUAAUCCCUGUCCUAGUCCUGUACUAUACACUAUACUAUAUAUUGUGAAUGGAGAAUCUGUAUUUCAGUAAUUCAGUUUAAAAUGUGAAACUCAUAUAUUAUAUAGAUGUAUUACACACAGAAUUAUCUAUUUUAAGUGUUUAUUUUUUUUUUUAUGUUAAUGACUAUGGCUUACAGCCAAUGAAAACCCAAAAAUCAGUGUCUCAGAAAAUUUGAAUAUUAUUUAAGCCCAAUUGGUUUUUUUUUUGUAGUGCAAUGUGCCAAGUCCUGCUGGAAAAUGAAAUCCGCAUCUCCAUAAAAAUACACUAUGCUUUAUUAAGUCAAAAAAGUCAAAAUCCUACAGCACUUCAUGCUUCCCUCUGCUGACAAUUUUUAUGGAGAUGCGGAUUUCAUUUUCCAGCAGGAUUGGCUCACUGCCCACACUGCCAAAAGUACCAGUUGGUCCGAUGUUUGGGUUUUCAUUGGCUGUAAGCCCUAAUCAUUAACAAUAAAAUAAAUAAAUGGUUAAAAUAGAUCAUUCUAUGUGUAAUACAUAUAUAUAUAUAUACAUAUAUAAUGAGUUUCACAUUUUGAACUGAAUUACUGAAAUAAAGUUUAAAAACAUUUAAAUGAUGUUCACUUUUUUUUUAAAGAUGUACCUGUAUGUAGUGCAAGACUAGGAUUAAUCCCUCUAUGGGAAUCUAACCCAUAAGGGAUUACAAAGCAUUUUUAAUAGAGAUUUUCUAUUAAAAGCAACACAUGGGAAACUAACCUAUAGUGUUUUAAAAAUGAAUGUGGUUUAAAUCUAAGCCACGAUAAUGAAGCUGAAUUGCUGACCACAAAGUGGCCAAUUUUGAAUCUUUGGAUGAUAUAUAGCUAUUAUAUCAUAUCAGUAUCAGUAUCUACUGAUAUCAUUACACGUGCGAAUAAUCUAUUUUAAAACGUUGCUGUAGUGAAAUUUAAACUAUUGUCAGGUCAUUUUUCUGAAGGUCUCUUAUUUGCUGUAUUGUAAAAGUCAGUCAACAGUCUUAACCAGGUAUCUGAGGGCAAUCUGAGGGGGCGGGGUUCGUGUUGUAAUCAAAUUACAUUUGAUUAUGUAAUUUGAUCAGUUUGAUACUAAAUCACUUCAAAUAUUGACUUUAGUAUUUAAAAUCAUAUCUGAUAUCUGAUAUGUGCACCGCUAUGCCCCUCGUGCACAUGCAUGUAGAUUAGCAAGAUUAGAAUAUUAGCAUCAACAUAAGGGCGGUUUCUUUCUGUAUCGCAUUAUAAAUUGCACUUAAAAGCCACCAUAUCAUAUUGCACUUAAAUUUAAAUUGUUAAUUAUAUGUAUCGUUACACUCCUAAUAUAUAUAUAUAUAUUUUUUUUUUCUUCUUGUAUUUAAUUAUCACGAUUGGACAGAUAUUUAGGUGUGAUACAGCCUGUGAAUGGUUAUAUAUCAACAUUGAUAUAUAUAUAUAUAUAUAUAUAUAUAUAUUUAUAUAUAUUUAUAUAUUUAUACACUGCCUGGCCAAAAAAAAUGGUCACAUGCACUUUAUCUUUGAUUCAAUAAGCUUCUGCAAUGUUACAAAAUUUAUUUUAAUCCAGUGUUGCUGCAUUAAUUUAUUAAUUUUUCACCAAGCUCUUGCAGCAGCAUUGAUGAUGGUAGAGUCUGACCACUGCACAAAUCAGCUCUUCUCCAUCCAGCACUUUAUCCCAAAGAUUCUCAAUGAGGUUAAGAUCUGGACUCUGUGGUGAACUCUCUCUCUUAAUCCAUGUGUGAAAAUGAUAAUAAAAUGAUCUCAUGCUCCCUGAACCUUCUGAACUCUCUCACACUUCCAGCCCUAUGAAUCCUGACAUUAUCAUCUUGAAAAAUAAAGAAAAAAAUCCAUUGAUCCAGGAAUAACUUGGUCUAUAUUCAGGAUAUUCAGGUAUUGAGGUCAGCUGACCUCAUUCUUUCAGCACAUACUGUUGCUGAACCUAAACCUGCAGAUCAACUGCAGCAUCAACCAAACAACCCCACAUCAUUUACUUAUUUAAUAAAUUAUUAUUAUAUUAGUCCAGGCAGUGUAUAAUCAAUAUGUAUCAGACUUAUAUAUAUAAUCAGACUAUUUUUUUUUUUAGCUAAUGCAUUUAUAGGCUGUUCUUUAAAAAGAUGAUGAUUAUUGAUCAGUGCCUGUGACAUCAGUCUCAUCCUGUAAAAUCCAUUCUGAGCGUUAAAACCUCUUUUCUGCAGCUUAUUUGACAUGGAAUGACCCUAAUGCCAUUGUAUUUAAAUUGACCUCUGUGUAUUCCUAAAUGGCUCGCAGGAAGUUAUUGAUCCUUUCAUUGGCCAUUUACUAUAUUUAGUUAUUUACGCUUAUGUUUAUUUAAUAGCGGUCAGCGGUCCUGUUUUAGUGGUCCUGUCGAAGUAGAGGGGAUGGAGAAUCUUUCCUCCAGAAACAAGAAUCAAAUACUUGGUGCUGAAGGAUGUUUGAUACUGUGUAUGAUAAUUGAUCUAAAUGCUCUGUAACGAGUACAUAAUGCACUUAAAUUCUUAGAUUCGAAAAGGAAGCGUUUUUAACUGAACAAGCACUUCAUGUCGAUGAUCUAAUUCUGUGCAUGCCAUGCGAUGUAGCUUCUAUAGAUUGGUGAAUAUCUUUUGCAAAAUUUAUACCAUGUUAAUUAUAUGGACCUUCACUGGCAAGGUGUGUCUGGCUAUGAACAUGCAUUAAUAAAAGAGAUCUGUCAGUU